UUUCUUUCUUUUUUUUUCUUUUUCUUUUUUUGAUUGAUUAUGAAUUAAUGGGCUCCGGAGCUCCGGAUGAUCCACCGUUUCCCUACUAGAAGCAAACCAAAGUGUGGAUUUACCGCCAGUUCGGGUUCCUCCAGCGGACAUGGUCUGUGCGUCUGCCUUCCUGCUCUAAAUCAUUUCUAAGGAGGAACGUUCACUUAGCGGAUCCACGAUGAAGGCGCUUAUUUGUGUCUGUUUGGUUCUGAUGACUCUGCUCACCUGGACCGAAGCCGACAGACAGGCUCUGCUGAAGCGGGUCCAGCUCCACCGGCGCGCACCAAAGAACGGACGGACCCAGCAGCGCGCAUCCGCCAAGGAGGGCUUCAGCCGGCGCCUGCGCCCGGGCUUUGGUUCUCCGAUCACUAUGCGGGGUGCAGGAGAGGCGCAGUCUGACAACGGGGCCCAGGAUCCCGUCAGGAGAGGGGGGGCCGGGCAGAUUGGCCUGCCGCAGCGGGAUGAAGGCGCCCCGGGAGCCAGAGCCCGGAUCUCCAGGAUGCCGAGCAGCGCGGGUUCACCCAACCUGCUGGCCAGCUUCGCAGGGAAAAACCGAGUCCUGGUGAUCUCCGCGCCCCACGAGUCCGACGGCUACUACCGGCUAAUGAUGUCUCUCCUGAAACCGGACGUGUACUGCGAGCUGGCCGAGAGGCACGUCCAGCAGAUAGUGAUGUUCCACCAGGAGGGGGAGAUGGGGGGCAAGGUGAGGAGGAUCACUGCUGAGGGCAAGGUGCUGCAGGAGCCGCUGGACAUGGCGCUCAUCCCCAGACUCAUGAGCUUCCUCAAACUGGAGAAGGGUAAGUUCGGAAUGGUUCUGCUGAAGAAAACCCUGCAGGUGGAGGAGAAGUACCCCUACCCGGUGAGACUGGAGGCCAUGUAUGAGGUCAUUGACCAGUCGCCCAUGAGGAAGAUGGAGAAGCUGCGCCAGAAGGGUUUCGUGCAGAAGUGUAAAGGAGCAGGUGUAGAGGGUCAGGUAGAGGACAUCACGCCUCACACAGCUCCUGAUCCAUCUGUAGAGGAAAAACCCAAAAAGAAGUUUCUCAGAAAGCCCAAACCAGCCUCAACAACAUCUGCUACAACUACCACAACGACUACACGGCCCACGACGACGACAACAACAACAAGACCUACCACCACCACAACAAGACCUACCACCACCACAACCAGACCUACCACCACCACAACCAGAGCCACAACCACCACAACCCGAGCCACAACCACAACUAAACCCACCACCACCACUACAAGAAGAUCCACCACCACUACCCAGAGACCAACAAGAGCCCAGCCCACAGCGCUUUGGCUGCCAGCUCCUAGAACUACUUCUGAUCCUUACUAUGACAACCGCAGAGAGAGGUACCCAGCUAAAACCACCUCAGCUGGAGACAACCGCACUGAUAAGGACACCACACACAGCCACAAGUUAGUGCCUGUUUCACAUAAGCCCACAAAGGACAAAUCCACCAAGAAUGAAGCAGAGAAGGUUUCACCUAAAGACUACGAGGACAGCUAUGAACCCAGCCCGCCCAUUUCAAGCAACCCAGGAGAGACUGAGCCUGCCCCAGACGUCACACCAACCAAAAAAGUCAAACUCAAGCAUGACAAGAAGAAAAAGGGAGACAAAAAGAAACUGGAAAAGAAAAGAGGAAAAGCUGGGAAAGAGCAGAGGAUCAGGAAAGAGAAGAAACCAAAGUACCCAGAAAAAAAGGACUACCCAAAACCCACAAAGAAGCCAACACCCCCUCCCAAGGGCUCCCUGGCCUCUUUUCUGGACUACUUUGAGAACCGGAGGCGGCUGCUGCUCAUUACCUCCCCCGGUGAGGAGAGCAGGAUGUAUGUCCAGCAGAGGGAUGAGUACCUGGAGUCGGUGUGUGAGAUGGCCAUCAGGAAGGUUUCCAUCAUCACCAUCUUUGGCUCCCUGACCAACUCCACCAUGAAGAUCGACCACUACCAGAUAGAAAAGGACAAACCUAUGAAGGGUCUCCGCCAGGAGGACCUGGUGAACCAGGACCUGAUCACGGAGCUGAGGAAGGAGUUCGGGAUGACGUACGACGAGUUCUACAUGGUCCUCACUGACACAGACAUGAGAGUCAAGCAAUCCUAUGAGGUUCCCAUCGCCAUGAAAGCCGUGUUUGAUUACAUCGACACCUUUUCCUCCCGAAUCCGGGAGAUGGAGCAGCAGAAGAGAGACGGCAUCGUCUGCAAAAAGGAAGACAAACCCCGAUCUCUGGAAAACUUCCUGUCUAGGUUCAGAUGGAGACGUCGGCUGUUCAUCAUCUCCGCCCCCAGUGACGAGGAGUGGUCCUAUCAGCAGCAGCUCUACGCCCUGAGCAGCCAGGCAUGCAAUCUGGGUCUGAGGCACAUCGCCGUCCUGAAGCUGGUCGGUACGGAGCUGCCGGACAUGGGCGGAGUCCUGGAACUUUAUCCCAUCAAUGGCAGCGCUACUGUGGAGCGUGAAGGCCUCUCUGCCACCCUGGUGAAGGACAUGAGGAACUACUUCCAGAUCAGCCCUGAGUACUUCUCCAUGCUGCUGGUGGGGAAAGACGGCAACGUGAAGUCCUGGUAUCCUUCGCACAUGUGGUCCAUGGCCAUCGUCUAUGACCUGGUGGACUCCAUGCAGCUUCGCCGGCAGGAGAUGGCCAUCCAGCAGUCGCUGGGCAUGCGCUGCCCAGAGGACGAGUACGGUGGAUACGGCUACCAUCAACACGGCUAUGAACAUGGUUACCAGGACGGCUAUCACCAGGGUUACGGUUACUAGACAAUGAGUGACAGUCCUGUUUGCUGCUUCUCUGCACCUUUAGCUCAGAUAUCCCUUCAUCGUGUUCUCUAACCAUCCUUUACUCCUUAGUCGAGGAUGUAGACAAUCUUUUGAAAUGUUCUGUGGCACUUAAAGGAAGCUCUUUUCAUGUACCCACUUCUUUUCCACAUCAGGUGCGUGUAAUGGGCUCGUAUGCAGAUGAGGCCGGAGGAUCAGGGACGCUCUGCGUACUGCGGCAGCUUUUCACGUAUUUGUCGCCGUCAGGCAUCAAGUACUCUUGUAGGGUCGUCUACCCCCCUCACAUGCUUCGUUGAAUCCACGUGUUCACGGUUUCAGGACUGGUGGUUUUGUUGUAGAUACUGGGCUUAAAGACGUAUUUAUUGGAAAUCUGUGGCAUCUCAAGUGCAAUUACUGGGCUUUGUUAGACUUUUUUUUUUUUACAUUACUUCCCUUCUGGAAAGUCUCUGUCGUUCUACGAGAGUCCUAUUUAUACCAUUUUAGCAAAUAUGACAAAUAAAAAUGUGUACUGUUUGUGUUUUCAACUGGAGGACUUUUUGAAGUAAAGCCUGAUUUAGUCCCAUGGA